ACGUCAAAUUGGACAUUCACUUCGACUUGCGCGUCAAAUUCACAUGAAAGUACAAGUCUCACUGAACACGAUACACAACAGGUACUCCCCACUUUUAGGCCCUCCGAGUUGCAUUUGGAUGCUUGGGUGGGCCUCCCCUUGACGCCGCGACCCUCCAGGGCUGCAGUCUUGGUGGCACAUGUGCGCUGACCGUGUGCGGUCACGCAUCGGACGAGCACGCGAUGAGGAGAUUGGACAGGACUUUCAUCACUCGGAGGAGUCCAAGAGGAUGUUCCGCUGGCAGUGCGGUUCGGGGCCAAGACGGGUCGCUGGCUUGGUUGUUGCUGGCUUCUUGCUGACGUUCCUUUUCUCAAUCAGGGCGCAGGCUGGCUUCGGGUAUGUGUUUGUACAAUGUGUAUUCAAAGCGCACCACUCGCUGGAUGAUUACACUAAGUCAGGCGCAGAGUACGGAAGUGUGUCGGCCAUCGUCGAGGGUGCGGACAAGGGUUGGGCCAGCAUUGACUUCCCGACUGAUAAGGCCACCAGGCAUAACUACACAAGGUCGUACGACAUUUUAUUGGCACCAUACCAGCACACAGCAAAGAAUGUGUUGGAACUUGGUAUCAAGAAAGGCGGCAGUAUCAAACUUUGGCGAGAAUACUUUGAUGCCGGAGCAUUUAUUUACGGCAUGGACAUAGAUCAUGGAUGUCCGACCUUUCCUCGUGAUGGUCACAUCAAAUCAAUCUUUCUGGAUACCAAUAACCGAGAGGACGUCCUGAAAGCUGUGGGCGACAUCCGCUUCGACGUGAUUGUCGACGAUGGGUGCCAUACAAACUUAUGCAUUUGGAAGUCUUUCAAUACGCUAUUCCCCCUUCUCCAACCUCAUGGCCUCUAUUUGGUGGAGGACUAUCCAAAGUAUUUUCUCUAUACCCUGGAGAAGUACUUUCACAAAAACUCGAGCAAUCAGUUUUACAUUGUUGGCGACCGCGCGGAUGAGGAGGUGCUGCUGGCCAUCCUGCCUCCAUCAUCCUGGGCGCUGCAGCCGGAGGUGACACGCAAGAUGAGUUGGAAGCUGGUGAAGCCAAUCGGAGGUGAAGCCUAAGUGAAGCUAAUCGGAGAAUGUGGAAGGGCUGUAUAGGGCUCGCGGGGCCAGCAACCCAGCUUGGAAGACCUAGAAGUGCAUUUUAGGCGUUUUUAGUUGGGCAGAAGUGUAUUUGGGCUCAUCCCUUUGAUGCCUCAAGGAGGCCUAGAUCUCGGGUGAGUCUUUGGCCAGAGCUGUGAUCACAGCAGCCAGAGAAACAAGCGCCCAGCAAGGCGUGUAAUGACUUUCUCAACUUUGAGCCACGCAUCACAUGAUCAUUCCA